AAAGACAGCUGAAGCCUACUUGGGCAGGAUUCCCCUGGCUCUUCCGGCUUAAGACCCUACCAUCUCCUAUCCCUGGCCGCCUGUGUUCUGGGCCUCACCUAGACAAGUCUGUGUGGGAACAAGCCACCUCUUCCAUCUGUAGCCAUGAAUUUCCUCCGGCGGCGCCUCUCUGACAGCAGCUUCGUGGCCAACCUGCCUAAUGGCUACAUGACAGACCUGCAGCGCCCAGACAGCUCUACCAGCUCCCCUGCAUCCCCAGCCAUGGAGAGGAGGCACCCCCAGCCCCUGGCAGCCUCCUUCUCCUCUCCAGGAUCCAGCCUCUUCAGCUCCUUCUCCAGUGCCAUGAAGCAGACCUCAGCAGCCCCCUCAGGGCUGAUGGAGCCUCAGGGUCCCUCUGCUCCCGUUGUUCAAAGGCCCAGGAUCCUAUUGGUGAUUGAUGAUGCCCACACAGAUUGGGCCAAAUACUUUCAUGGAAAGAAGGUGAAUGGAGAGAUUGAAAUCCGAGUGGAGCAGGCUGAAUUCUCAGAGUUGAACCUAGCUGCCUAUGUUACUGGGGGCUGUAUGGUGGACAUGCAAGUCCUGAGAAAUGGGACCAAGGUUGUGAGAUCCUUCAAGCCAGACUUCAUCCUGGUCCGCCAGCAUGCCUACAGCAUGGCGCUGGGCGAAGACUACCGAAGCCUGGUCAUCGGCCUCCAGUACGGAGGGCUGCCUGCUGUCAACUCCCUCUACUCCGUCUACAACUUCUGCAGCAAGCCCUGGGUGUUCUCUCAACUCAUUAAGAUCUUCCAUUCUCUGGGUCCUGAGAAGUUCCCACUUGUGGAGCAAACGUUUUUCCCCAACCAUAAGCCAAUGCUCACAGCCCCACACUUCCCUGUGGUGGUCAAGCUGGGACACGCCCACGCCGGAAUGGGAAAGAUCAAAGUAGAAAACCAGCAUGACUACCAGGACAUCACCAGCAUGGUGGCAAUGGCCAAAACCUAUGCCACCACUGAGGCCUUCAUUGACUCGAAGUACGACAUCCGCAUCCAGAAAAUUGGAUCCAACUACAAGGCUUACAUGAGAACCUCCAUCUCUGGAAACUGGAAGGCCAACACAGGUUCUGCCAUGCUGGAGCAGGUGGCCAUGACAGAGAGGUACAGGCUGUGGGUGGACAGCUGCUCAGAAAUGUUUGGCGGCCUGGACAUCUGUGCUGUCAAGGCCGUCCACAGCAAGGACGGCAGAGAUUACAUCAUUGAGGUGAUGGACAGCUCAAUGCCCUUGAUUGGAGAGCACGUGGAAGAGGACAAACAGCUGAUGGCCGACCUUGUGGUCUCCAAAAUGAGCCAACUCCUGAUACCAGGGGGCACAGUGCCCUCGCCCCUGAGGCCUUGGGCUCCACAGAUGAAACCAGCAAAAUCGCCGGGGCCAGCCCAGCUGGGACCUCCACUUGGACAGCCCCAGCCACGCCCACCCACACAAGGGGGCCCUCGCCAAACUCAGUCUCCUCAGCCCCCACGAACCGGGAGCCCCUCCCAACAGAGGCUCUCCCCGCAAGGCCAGCAACCCCUCAGCUCCCCGUCGGGGUCUCCACAGCAGCAGAGAUCGCCAGGCUCACCACAGCUGUCCCGGGCAUCCAGCGGGAGUUCUCCAAACCAGGCCGCCAAGCCAGGCGCCCCCCUCGCCUCACAGCCCCGGCCCCCCGUUCAGGGCCGCAGUGCCUCCCAACAGGGGGAAGACUCCAAGAAGCCAGCACCACCCCACCCUCAUCUCAACAAAUCCCAGUCCCUGACUACCAGCCUCAGUACAUCUGACACCUCUCAGCGCGGGACCCCAAGUGAAGACGAGGCCAAGGCCGAAACCAUCCGCAACCUGAGGAAGUCCUUUGCCAGCCUGUUCUCUGACUAACCUUGUCCGGGCUGGGACAGGGGAGUGCUGUUACACUCUCCCUUUUCCUGCCUCUCUUCCUUCUCGGCCUUGGUUCCCGAUGGGAACAGAAUGGAGGGCCUGAGAAUAUACUCUCUAAAUGCCUUUGAUCCAGGAACUGAGUAUCUAUAUGUGUUCCCACCUCCCUUGACCAUGACAUUUCAGCAUCAUCGUCCGAUGGUGGGCCUUUGAGAGCCUCCGGGUUCAUCAAAUCAGGCCCUAACGGCAUCACAUCACCCUGCCCACCCAGAUGCUUGCUCCCCUGCCUCAGAUAACCAAGUGAAAUGUCUGUGUGUGGCUAGUUUUCACAUUUCUUGUUAGUGUUUUGCUCGCCUUCAGGUGAAGGUCCCCUCCAGGCCUUGCCUCACCUCCAUCAAAUGCAGACACUAUAGUCGGACCUCAGCAACAUAGGAGGCAAUAAUCUUUUGACCAUGUUUUGCAAACAAAAGGAGAAAAGCCCAGCCAGGGGAACAUACUACCUACCCAUGCUAGCUCCAUCCAGGCUCAAUCACCCCUCAGACCAGAAAGGCAAAGGUCCAUCACAUGUGGCUCCCGGUGGGAUCUUAAGAACAGUGGAAUGAAAUCAGAUCCUGUGUAACAAGUGGGGCCUUUCAGAACUCAACAGAAAUGGAGAAGAAAUCCUGAAGUGCUGCUCACCCCCAGAUUGGACAGCCAAGAGCAGACGACAGUUCUACGAAUCAUCCCUAGUUCCCAAAAGAAGAUGCCCUCAACUUCCCAAGGAAGGAGUCAGGUCAGGGUUCCUCCACCCAUUCUGCGUUACACCACCAAGAACUCCCCGAAUUCCCGCCAGAAAUGUUCCCUCCUCAAGGACAUAUGAGGAACCGGAGAGAAUCAGGAGAUCAAUAACACAGGCUGAGAAAGCGAAGUGGUAACUUCCAGGUUGGCAUUUCACCAACGGUUUACAGCAAGGCUUUGGUAGGUGACUCAGGUACGAAAGGGUCCCAUGGUCAAACAUGUUUAGGAAAUACUUUGUAUUUCUUGUUUUGAGAUGGGUAGUACACAUUACGUGUCAAAGGCUCUUGGAAUUCCUGCAGUGAAGAAACGAGAUUGAACCUUGCUUAAGCCAAGCUUACUUCACAGAACAAGUGGGCUACAGGGCUGGGCAAUGCCGUGACUCCCUUUCCAAAGCUUUUUCCCUACAUCGGACUGCUUCCCAUGACCAGAUGGGGUGCAGGGCUGCCCCCAAAUCACCACAUGCCCGGUGCUAGAAACAUUGUAGGUGCCAGAACCAGCUUCCUGGUCCCAAAAAGAGCCCAGGACGUUUGAACGUAGCCACCACACUCCCCUUACAGCCUACAUUGUGACUUGAGACAUGUCUCUCCCUCCCUGGUCACAGAGAAGGAGAGAGGGAGGUAACAAUGAACGUGUCCGUGGCGUGGAGCUGCAUUCUGAAUAAAGGAGCAGGGACAACUUAUAGGGCAAGGUGUGACAUCAUGGAGGCGUGUUUGGGGAGAUCAAGAGCAUAGAAAACACCUAAGGCAGCCACUGCUCUUGUACAUUGGAGAUUAAGGUCGGAAAAAGUCAAGGUCACCUUAUUCUCACAUAGUAAUAAAACAACUGGAAACACACAACAGAGUGGUCAUAGGCUGGACAAAGUUUCUCAAAGCGUGGGCACAGCUAGCUUCAAUUCAGAGCAAAGGAGGCAGAAUUCUGGUCAUAAGGCCCAGACCCUUGUCUUUGUCAGUCUCCCCAAGUAUUUUGCAUGCAAAUUGAAGUUAGACCAGCAGCCCUGAGCUGAGCUCAGUGGGAAGGCCCCCUGCAUGAGAUCAGUAUUGGUAUGGGCUCUUUACAGCCAGGCACCCACUCCUUCGCUGAGCAAAAAUUCGUGGUUCCAACAGUGACUGCGCAGCUUACAUUUUCCCACUUUCUUAUAUUCUGUCCCUUGUCCCUAAAAACUUCUCAACAUUCAAG